CUGGCCGCGGACUCUGACCUCGCCCCCGACACGCCCCCUUUUUCGCUCAACAGGCUGCAAAGAUGGCUGCUCCGUACCUCCCCACCCCGAACCCCAACCCAGAAAUCAAGUACACACAGCUGUUCAUCAACAAUGAGUUUGUGAACUCGGAGAGUGGGAAGACUUUCCCCACCAUCAACCCAGCUACAGGGGAGAAGAUCUGUGAUGUUCAGGAGGCUGAGAAGGCUGAUGUGGAUAAGGCCGUUGCUGCAGCUCGGGCGGCGUUUAAGUUGGGCACGCCAUGGCGGAACCUGGACGCCUCUCAGCGCGGGAGACUCCUCUACAAACUGGCUGACCUGAUGGAGCGCGACAAGGACUACCUCGCUAACCUGGAGACCCUUGACAAUGGGAAGCCCCUGUUUGAGUCAUACUAUGUGGAUGUGCUGGAGCCCAUCAAGAUCGUGAGAUACUUUGCUGGCUGGUGUGACAAGAUCACUGGGAAAACCAUCCCUGUCGAUGGCCCGUACUUCACCUACACUCGUCAUGAGCCUGUUGGUGUGUGUGGACAGAUCAUCCCAUGGAACUUCCCCAUCAACAUGGUGGUCUGGAAGCUUGGCCCUGCCCUGGCCUGUGGGAACACCUGUGUGCUGAAGCCGGCUGAACAGACACCGCUGACCGCACUCUACCUGGCCGCACUGGUCAAGGAGGCUGGGUUCCCGCCUGGUGUAGUGAAUGUGCUGCCAGGGUACGGGCCGAGCUGCGGUGCCCACAUUGUGGAACAUCUGGACGUGGACAAGGUUGCCUUCACGGGCUCAACUGAGGUUGGAAAGAUCAUCCAGGCAGCAGCUGGUGGGAGUAACCUGAAGCGUGUGUCUCUGGAACUGGGCGGGAAAAGUCCCAACAUCAUCUUCGCUGAUGCCGAUAUGGACCAUGCAGUGGAACAGGCCCAUCAGGCCCUGUUCUUCAACAUGGGUCAGUGCUGCUGCGCCGGGUCCCGUACCUUUGUGGAAGAAUCUGUCUAUGACGAGUUCGUCAAGCGCAGCGUGGAACGCGCCAAGAAGCGUACAGUUGGGAGCCCAUUUGACCCUAAGAACGAGCAGGGCCCGCAGAUUGAUGAUGAACAGUUCCAGAAGAUUCUUGGCCUGAUUGAGUCAGGAAAGACCCAGGGUGCCAAGCUGAACUGUGGAGGAGCUCGCCAUGGGGACAAGGGUUUCUUCAUCGAGCCGACCGUGUUCUCAGACGUCGGAGAUGACAUGACUAUCGCCAAGGAAGAGAUUUUUGGCCCUGUGAUGAGCAUCUUCAAGUUCAAGAACAUUGAGGAGGUGAUUGAGCGUGCCAACAACACAACCUACGGCCUGGCUGCUGCUGUCUUCACCAAGGACAUCAACAAGGCACUAACCAUCGCCAACUCUGUGAAGGCUGGGACAGUCUGGGUGAACUGCUACAAUGCCAUAACCCCUCAGACUCCAUUUGGAGGCUUCAAGCAGUCUGGAAAUGGCCGUGAACUGGGUGAAUAUGCCCUUGAGGAGUACUGUGAGGUGAAGACAGUCACUGUCAAGCUGCCAGGCAAGAUGUAAGCUGCACCAUUCAAGAGAUCAACACAGCAAUGUCUGACUUCAGGAGGAUUCAGUUCCACAGAGACCCGUCUUCCAAAACUGUUUGCUUGUGUAAUCUUUGCAUUCCAGUUGCUUUCUCAUGACAUUGGAAUCUUUCAAUUGACUGCUUUUGAAUUUACAGUUGUGCAAUUUAUUCUGAAAAUGCAUUUCCCAAAAAAUGUUAUACUCCAAAAGGAGAAAGAUAUAUGCUUAUCAUAAUUGGAAAAAGGUCGGCAAGUGGUAGUUAUGGAGUGAUAACAUAUGGUCUGGCAUAUAAGUAUGAAGAUUAUUAGUAAGUAGUAAGUUAGAGAGAUUUAGUGAAACGAAGAUAAGAAUUCCGAUUUCUCUCAUGUGAAUCUCUAGAUUGUGCCAUGAAGAUUUAUACAUGUGAACCGAACAUGUAUUAAGAGUGCUGUAAAUUUACUAGGCUAGCUUAGACUUAGAGAAAAAGGCAAUACAUGUAUCAGUAUGUUUUUCAUUGAUGGAAUAAAUGAAGACAAAUCUAACAUAUCUCCUGUCAGUGAAAACCUAUAGAUAGCCUCUGUUAUGCUUUUGUUGCAACUAAUGCAUUGUGCAAUGCGCAUAAAAUUUGCUUUUCAGCCA